CUGAUUCUUCAGUACUUGAGCAAGAUGGAAGCAUUGCAUGAUCAGUAUUCUAGUGGGAAUAAGCAGUUCCUGUAUGCUGACCAAUCCGUUAGCCAUAGAGGUUCAAAGAAGAAGCCGGUUAAUGAUUUGGAUGAGAUAAUUGACCAAACGCGACAAUUAUCAAUUAGUCAAGACGAAUCAAGUCCAAGUUGCAACUUUCAAAAGGCCUUGGUUUAUUAUAUCAAUCCAUUGGUGUUGACUGCGGUUUCGGCCUGGAUUCGAUUAUACCAGUUGAGCCGUUCUAACAAGGUUGUUUGGGACGAGGCCCAUUUUGGGAAGUUUGGUUCUCAUUACUUAAAACACGAAUUUUACUUUGAUGUCCAUCCUCCAUUGGGUAAAUUAUUAGUUGGGUUAUCGGGGUAUCUUGCUGACUAUGACGGUUCUUUUGAUUUUGAGAGUGGUGAAGAGUUCCCGUCGAAUGUUAAUUUUGUUUUAAUGAGAUUUUUCAAUUGUAUCUUUGGUAUAUUAUGUACUCCAUUGGCUUAUAAAACUGCUUUAGCGCUUGGUUACUCUCAAUGGACCAUUUGGCUUAUUUCUCUAAUGGUUGUUUUUGAAAUGAUAUCUUUGGUAUUAUCUAAAUUCAUUCUUUUGGAUUCAAUGCUUUUAUUUUUCACCGUUUUAUGUUAUUAUUGUUUAAUCAAAAUUCAUAAUUUGAAAUGUGAGAAUAAGUUAUUGAGUUUAUCGGGGUUUAAAUGGUUAUUCGCAACUGGGGUUUCCAUCGGCUGUGUUUGUUCUGUUAAGUGGGUAGGUCUUUUCAUCACUGCUUUAAUUGGGUUUUAUACAAUUUAUGACUUGAUGAUCGGGUUUUAUCAAACUACUUGUAAGAAAAUCAAUUGGUCUUCCUAUUUGAUACAUUGGAUAACAAGAAUUUUCACUCUUAUAAUAACUCCCUUCAUCAUUUAUUUGAUUUGUUUCAAAAUUCAUUUUGCUGUCUUGAAUCAUUCAGGCCCCGGUGAUGGAUCCCUUUCUACUUUAUUACAAGCUUCGCUUCAUGAUAAUAAAAUCGAAUACGGUCCAAGAUCAGUCGGGUUUGGUUCGUUGGUUUCUAUAAGAUCUCAGGGUUUAUCUCCAAACUUAUUACAUUCUCAUCCUCAUAAUUAUCCAGAUGGCUCCCAUCAACAACAAAUUACUACCUAUGGUUUCAAAGAUGAAAAUAAUGAAUUUGUUAUUGAGUUUGAUUGGAAUAACGCUAUUAAUGGUCAUUUUGCCAGUUUAAUUGAUGAGGAUUCAAAUUCAAUCGACGAUUUAACUACUUUGGUGAAAGAUGGCGAUACCAUUAGAUUAAUACAUAAAGAAAGCGGUUGUCUUUUACAUAGUCAUGAUAUCCCGGCUCCAAUCUCUAAAAAUCAUUAUGAAGUUAGUUGUUAUGCUGAUUUAGAUAAUAGUGACUUGAAAGAUGAGUGGGUUGUGGAAAUUCAAAAUCAUGAAGUUUCUCCUUCUCCACAAUUUCAAAAUGAACCAGUCGAUGAAAUCCACCCAAUCUCAACUAAUUUUAGAUUGAAGCAUAAAUCCCUUGGUUGUUAUUUAGCAACUACCGGUUACUCUUAUCCUGCUUGGGGGUUCCAACAAGGUGAAGUUAUUUGUAAAUACUCUUUACUCUCAAAAGAUAAAAAUACUUGGUGGAAUAUUGAAGAUCACACUAAUGAAUUCUUACCCCAAAUAAAUGAAACUUAUGUCCCUCCAAAACCUAGAUUUUGGAAAGAAUUUAUUUUACUUAACUACGGUAUGAUGGCUUCAAAUAAUGCUUUAGUACCUGAUGCUGAUAAAUUUGAUAAAUUAUCUUCAGAAUAUUGGGAGUGGCCCAUUUUGAACUCGGGUUUAAGAAUGUGUGGUUGGGGUGCUGAUGAUGUUAAAUAUUUCAUGAUUGGUCAUCCAUUAAUCACUUGGUUUAGUACCGGCUCUUUAUUAAUUGUUUCAUUGUAUUUAAUUGUCGUUUUAUGCAUGUGGCAACGUCAAUCAUUAAAACUUAAUAUUCUUGACCCUUACUAUGAAUUUUUAUUAAGUGGAGCCAUCUUGCCAUUAAUCGGUUGGGUAUUGCAUUACUUCCCGUUUGUCAUGAUGGGUAGAGUAACUUACUUACAUCAUUAUGUACCUGCAUUGUAUUUUGCGAUUUUCGUUGCUGGUUUUAUGAUGGAGGCUUUGGUUGCUAGAAAAGUUAAUAAACAUUUAACUGGGUUUAUUUACUUAUGCUUCUACAUUGCAAUCAUUGCCAUCUUUUGGUACUUGAAAGAUUUGGUGUUAGGUAUGGAAGGACCUUCAAGAAAUUUCAGACAUCUAAGAGUCUUAUCAAGCUGGAUGGUUUAAACCUUGU